AUGCCAUCAAAUGUUGAUAUUGAAAAUGAAGGAUCAAUUAUAUGUCGCAUUGUUAAUAAUACGAGUAUAGAAGAAAAUCAAGAUGUCAUAAAAGAUGAAAUUGAUAAUAAAAUAUACAAUCAAGUAAAUUAUAUCUCUGAAGAUAAAUAUCCAAUAGAUUUAAGAAUAACAUCUAAAAAAAUAUCAGAUCCUAUUGAAAUACCAAUAACAUCUGAAGUAUUCAAAUCAUCGAUAAAUAUAUUAAGAUCAAAUGAAUUAAAUAAUCAACAACCUGUUUCUUGUGAUCGUCCUACUAGUAAUAUUAUUAGUUUAAAUCAUAUUAAUCUUCCAGAAAUGCAAAAAUUUAAUUCAAAAUGUUUAAAUUCUAUCGUAUAUAAUGAAGAAUCACAACGAUAUUAUUGUCCAAAACGUUGUAGAAGACCUUUACGUAUUAUUAGUCCAAUACCAAUUUCAAAUGAAAGUGUGAAAAAAUCUAUACGUAAAUUUCAAUCUCGACAUAAUUAUCGUCGACGACAAAAACGUGCUUUACAAAAAGGAAAGCAUGUUAAUAAUUGUAAAUAUUCAUCUACAACUGAUCUUAGCAAAUAA